ACAAACAGGUAGUUUAUGUUCGUUGUGUUGGUGGUUGGUGUUUUUGCCAGCCUGACUUGGCGCUGAGUUUAAAAUUCAAUUACUCAAGUUGGCUUAUACAUUCGUAAUGAGAGCAUUACCAUAGCAAAACAGUAAAAACCAUUAAAAGAAUAAAUAGCGUAUCAGAAAAAUACAGAAUUUUUAAUAAAAAUGACUGCCGGACCUCCCAAAUACAACAAAGUGUUUGCCCACUUGGGCCACGACUGUGAAAUGCUUGCCGAAGAUGACGAAGUGGAGAAAAGGUUCCCACAGAAAACUUGGUGCAAUCAAUUUAAAAGAGCUGUGAUGAGAAGUAUCCUAGUUCAUGAAAAAAUCUGUAAAUCUUGUGCCAUUCACUUGCGAAGUCACGGUGCAAUCGAGAAAGAAAAACAAAGACAUAUUAGAUACCACCCCACAAGCAUCCACCCUUUCAGCAGUGCUCGGAUUUGGUGGGAGUUAUGCAUGUGCGGUGUUUGCCUCUUUCAGUUAAUUUUGGUACCAUUAGAUAUUGGAUUUUAUGCUUUUGAAGAAACCAUGCCAUUUCUUCACAGUACUGCCUUUCUUACACUCCGAAUGGCUCUGGAUUUGAUUUGUUGCGCCGAUAUUGGGUUUAAUGCAAUAACGGGAUAUUAUGAUGAAGCAAAAAAAGAGGUUGUGCUUCAUCAUCAGAAGAUAGUUUUACAUUAUUUGAAAAAUCAAUUUAUUGUGGACUUUUUGUCAUCAGUGCCAACUCACUGGGAUCUUUUUAUACCUAUGGAUAAUUCCGGUGGUUAUAAAAACUGGAAUUUGGCGAUUUUACAAUUAAUAUCGACGAUAAAAUAUUUGAGAUUUUUCACUCUCAAUAAUCUUGCAAUGAAACUUUGCAAUAUAUUUGGAGUUGAUUUUUAUGUACGACAUGGGGUUCUUAUGGUGCUCACAAUGCUAAUUUUUUGGCACACUCUUUCUUGUACCCAAAUUUUCGGAUAUUAUCUUUUCGAUGACAAGAAAAAUUAUGCCGCUUAUAAGAACACAACUGCUUUCAAAGCUAUCUCUCGCAGUCUCUACGACGGGGCUCUUUUAAUUUAUACAGCAUCAUACGGAGUGGAAGAACCAGAAAACAACAACGAAUUUUUAAUGACUACAGUGUUAUGGUUUUUAUCAAAAUUUGUCCAAAUUUACCUCCUAGCUCGCGUUAUUGAAUUCUUGCGCGCUAAAACUUCGCCUAAAAUGAAGUACUCUCAAAUGGUAAAACAACUGGUUGAAUUUAUGCGUCAUAAACAGCUCCCAUUGUACACCCAAAAAAGAAUUUUGACUUAUUACGAGUUCCAUUUUCAAAAAAGCUACUUUCGGGAGAAUGAAAUCUACGCAACGAUUUCUGGCCAGUUGCGACAAGAAAUCGUAAUGCAGACUUGUAGGCAGUUGGUGGAAAACGUUGAAUUUUUCAGAGAUCUUCCACUGAAUUUGCUGGUACGAAUCGUGUCCUGUUUGCGAUCCGAGAUUUAUUUGACUAAUGAUGUUGUUGUGAAAGCAAAUUCGACCGGAAACUGCAUGUACUUCAUCUCUACUGGAACUGUGGCUGUUUACACAGUUUCAGGGAAAGAAGUUUGUCAUUUAGAAGAUGGGGACCACUUCGGCGAAAUUGCUUUAGUCACUCCAGAGGCGCAACGAGUUGCUUCUGUUAUUGCUGUGGAAACGUGUGAAUUGUACAGAUUGGACAGGAAGGAUUUUAUUAAAGCUAUCCAUCCAUAUCCUGACUUACUGGAAAAGAUACAGAAAAUUGCCGCCGAUAGGAUGGAGAAGACUAAUCUUAUGGAGGAACAUUAUAAGAGAGAUAUGGCUACCAAGAGAUUAUAUUAGGUGUUUGUAGAGAAUAGCUUGAUUCCAAUAAAACUCAGUUUAUUUUACAACUUAAUUAAACAACAAAAAUAUCAUCACAACUAACCAGUUUACACAAUUAAUGGCUUUUUAAAAGCGACUAAUACCUUUUUUAUUUUUAUCACUGGUAAAUUCACUUAAAAACUCACUAUGCAAUUAAGAUCAAACAAAAAUCUAGUAAUUAGACUACAUAAUUUUUAACGUAAAAUAGGUAGGAUAAAAUUUGUCUUAAAUUAACGAGCCAAUUGUAUAAUUAAAGCGGCACACAUUUCGAAAAAUUCCAUAGUGUAAUGCCCUUUCGGUUUUGCGUUCAAAGUGAUAUCGCCUGACUGCACUGGAGUGGCC